AUGCAACGAUUAGCCGGCCGUCUGGCCGCGCUCAAUCGAUUUCUGUCAAACCACGCCGCAAAAUCAUAUCCUUUUAUCAGCACUCUGCGCAACUUCGUAAAGAAGCAAGAAUUUAAGUGGACGCCGGAAGCAGAAGCUGCGUUCCAACAAAUGAAAGAGUGCCUGAUAAAGCUCCCUACCCUGACUACGCCGUUCGAAAAGGAACCGGUCAUCCUGUACUUGUCUUCUUCGGACAAGGCAGUUGGGUCGGUAUUACUGGUGGAGAGAGAUGGAGUCCAGACUCCAAUCUAUUACGUCAGUAGGGUGCUUACUGAUCCAGAAACGAGAUAUUCAACAAUGGAAAAGUUUGUACUUCAACUGCUACACGCCUCUAGAAGGCUGCGCAGAUACUUUACAGGGCACGUGAUCACAAUACUCACCAACUUUCACAUCGGCACUAUUCUACAAAAGCCAGAAACGUCGGGGCACCUAGCAAAGUGGGCAAUCGAGCUGGGGGGGCACAAUAUUCUCUACAGGCCGCGCCCAGCCAUCAAGGGUCAAGUCCUAGCGGACUUCGUCACAGAAGUCCCAGAAGAUAAAAUCAAAGAUUGCGAAGUGGUGGAUACUCCCGUCAAAGAUAUAUCAGAUGGUUUAUGGCUGCUAUACACUGAUGGGGCCUCAAACGAAGAUGGCGCAGGAGCCGGGUUGCGCCUUGUUAGCCCCGAGAAACAUGAAUUUACAUACACCAUCAAUUUGGAUUUCAAGAAUACCAAAAAUGAGGCGGAAUAUGAAGCAUUCUUGGCAGGCCUGCGCCUCGCCAUCAAAAUGGGAGCCCAAAACUUACAAGCUCAUGUUGACUCAUUGCUAAUAUCAAGUCAAGUCAACGGAUUAUAUGAUGCGAAAGCUGAAGUCAUGGCUUUGUAUUUGGACCAGGUGAAAGAGUUACUCCAACGAUUCAAGUCAUACAAGGUAUUUCACAUCAAUCACUCCGAAAAUAAACCAGCAGACGCCUUGAGCAAGCUCGCUUCAACCUCUUUUCAACAUCUAGCCAAAGAUGUAAGGAUUGAGGUACUCAAAAACCCGUCAGUUCUGCUGCGUCAAGUAAAUGUGAUCGAAAUAGGGCAGCCAUCUUGGAUGACCCCUAUAAUCCAAUAUUUGCAAGAAGGAAUACUCCCUGAGAGCAAAGCAGAGGCAAGGAAGAUUCAGAACAAAGCCUUGCAUUAUGAGAUGAAUGGCGGUAUCUUAUACCGAAAAUCCUUCUUGGGGCCACUAUUGCGCUGCGUGGACCCCCAGGAUGCGAAUUACUUGAUCAGGGAGAUUCACGAAGGGAUCUACGGCAUCCAUGCAGGCCCACGCAUGGUUGUCGCGAAGAUUAUGAACGCUGGAUAUUACUGGCCAGGGAUGCACGUCGACGCCCUAAAGGAGCUGCGCAAAUGCGACUCCUGUCAACGACAUUCCCCAAAAACCCUGCACCCGAAAAACGAUCUUAUCCCUGUAUCCACUGCAUGGCCUUUUCAGCAGUGGGGGAUUGAUAUGGUGGGACCCUUUCCAGAAGCUCCUGGUGCCGUCAAGUUCAUAAUCGUGGCCGUCGAUUAUUUUACUAAAUGGGUGGAGGCCAAAGCUCUCGCCUCAACUACUGCAAUGAUGGUGCGCAAGUUUAUUUGGGAACACAUCAUCUGCAGGUUUGGCCUCCCACUCAAGAUUGUAACCGACAAUGGCACCAACUUCGCGUCCGACGACCUCCAGAAGUGGAUGAAAGAGAUGAAAAUCGAACACACUUUCUCUUCCGUUGCGCACCCUUAA